CUCCGACCCGCCCGCCCGCCGGCGCCGCUCGAUGAUGAUGGCGGGGCCGUACCACCAGCCGACGACCCUGGAGGAGGUCCGCACGCUCUGGAUCGGCGACCUCCAGUACUGGGCCGACGAGAACUACCUCUACAGCUGCUUCGCCCACACUGGCGAGGUACAGUCUGUAAAAUUAAUACGCAACAAAUUAUCUAAUCUUCCAGAAGGCUAUGGAUUCAUAGAAUUCAUUUCACAUGAAGCUGCCGAGAGAGUUCUACAGGCUUACAAUGGCGCACAAAUGCCUGGAACUGAGCAUACAUUCAGAUUGAACUGGGCAUCUUUCAGCUCUGGUGAGAAGCGUCCUGAUGCAGGGCCUGACCAUUCGAUCUUUGUAGGGGACUUGGCACCUGAUGUCACAGAUUACUUACUACAAGAGACUUUCCGAGUCAACUAUUCAUCUGUUAGGGGAGCCAAGGUUGUCACAGAUCCAAAUACUGGGAGAUCUAAAGGAUAUGGAUUUGUAAAGUUUGCAGAUGAAAAUGAGAAGACACGUGCGAUGUCUGAAAUGAAUGGUGUGUAUUGCUCAACAAGACCUAUGCGGAUAAGUGCUGCAAUUCCCAAGAAAUCCGCUGGAUCUCAGCUUCCGUAUGGAGCUGCUAAAGCGGUGUACCCAGCAGCAGCUUAUACAAUUCCGCAGGCCCAAACAGUUAUGCCAGAUAGCGAUCUUACAAACACUACUAUCUUUAUUGGUAACUUGGACCCGAAUGUGACCGAAGAGGAGCUGAGGCAGAUAUGCGCGCAGCUUGGGGAUCUUAUAUAUGUUAAAAUUCCAGUUGGUAAAGGAUGUGGAUUUGUACAAUAUGUAUCUAGGGCAUCAGCUGAAGAGGCUGUUCAACGUCUUCAUGGCACACUGAUUGGUCAACAAGUAGUGAGGCUUUCAUGGGGCAGAAGUCCUGCCAAUAAGCAGGAUCAGUCAGCUGCAUGGGCUCAGCAGGCAGAUCCUAAUCAAUGGAAUGCUUAUUAUGGCUAUGGAUAUGAUCCAUAUGGGUAUGCUCAGGAUCCAUCAUAUGCAUAUGGCGCUUAUGCAGGAUACAGCCAGUACCCCCAACAGGUUGAGGGAACAACCGAUAUGGCACCAGCAGCUGGGAGCCAUGUCCCUGGUACGGAACAAAACGAGGUGUAUGAUCCAAUGAACUUGCCUGACGUUGACAAGCUGAACGCCUCAUACAUGUCUGUUCAUGGUAGUGCCAUGCUAGGACGGCACCUGUGGCUGAAGACCUCGCCAUUGUCUCAGCAGGCUUGACUUGAGCAACCACCCCAUCCGAGCAGGCUGAAGACUGUGAUGCCGCUAGAGCCAAAAGAAAAUUUCCUUGCUGAUAAUUUUUGUCCACCCCAUCCGAGCAGUAACUGCAAGAUCGAGAUUAUGACAUGUUGAGUCAAAGACAGCUUAGCUUCAUGUAUGUCAGUGCAUCGUAUGUAUGAUUUAGGACGACUCCUUGUUUUUCUAGUCCUGGCCCGAUUUGUCUGAACCGACAUGUUGUUUGCCAAACGAUGCUGCAGCUGUACUGCUGCAGAGUUACUGAUAUGCAAUCAUCGAGAGAAAAAAGAUGUUUCUGGUA